AGAACAACAUCAAAGCUUAAGCACAAACGUAGAAGCAAAGGCUCAAAUGGAAGUCGAGGCUCCGAAUAUGAAUCUUUUCCCUCAGUUCAUCCCCAACGGAGAUUUUACUUGUGUUUCUUUGGUCGAUACAAUGCAAGAAGCUGCUCUUUAUCAAUCCCUUUGCAAAACUUCAAUCAAUAAAACCGACAGUGGCCUUACGUAUAACGUGAACAUCCCGGUCUCGGCUCCGAGGAAAAGGCCAAGAGAUGCAUCGUUUGUCAAUUGCUUCGAUUCGUACACUGUUCCUCGAAAGAAUAAAUCUUUGGGCGUUUCUUCUGUUGUCGAUAAUGGUGUUUUCUGUCAGAUCCAACAACAGCAGCAGCAGGAAAUCGACCGUUUGAUUGCCCAACAUAUAGAAAAAGUGAGGGUGGAGAUUGAAGAAAAGUGGAAAAAACAGUCGAGAAUGUUGUUCACGUCAAUCCAAGACGGCGUCGUGAAGAAACUGAAGGAGAAAGACGUGGAGAUUCAAAGAAUGGGGAAACUGAACUGGGUUCUUCAAGAAAGGGUUAAAAGCCUGUGUUUAGAGAACCAACUAUGGCGGGACUUGGCGCAGACGAAUGAAGCCACGGCCAAUUCUCUACGCACCAAUUUAGAACAAGUCCUGGCUCAUGUCGGCGAGGAACGAAAUGCCAACGACGGAGGCUUGACGGAUUUGGUUGAUGAUGCGGAGUCUAGCUGCGGAAGCUGUGAUGAAGGGUGGCGCAACGUGGUGGUGCCGCCGCAACAAAAACCACGGGAGGCGCUGGUCGAGGACGGUAAAAGGAAGUGCAGAAAGUGUGGGGAGAAGGAGUCCAGUGUGCUGUUGCUGCCAUGCAGGCAUCUUUGUCUCUGUUCAACGUGUGGGUCCACCCUGGUAGGCACUUGCCCUGUUUGUGACUCCCUCACCAAUACCAGUGUUCAUGUUAACAUGUCCUGAAAGCAUUGUUAUUUUUAAGAGUUCUAGCGAAACAAAAAACAGAAAAAAAAGAAAGUAAAAUGCAAAUAUGGUUUUAAUAAAUGGAUCACAGAAAUUUUGUUA